AUGAACGCGCCCGCCCCGCCUCCUGUUCCUGACCACGUCGUCUACGAAAAGACAGAGUAUGAGGACCCACCGGAGGAGAAGGCAAAGAAGAUGCGGCAGCUGGUGGACAUUGUGCGGAGCGCACAGAACCUGGUCGUCUACACCGGCGCCGGCGUCAGGGGAGACAACGGAAUGGACAAGUACGGCUGGCAGAGCGCCGUGCUGGGCAUGGGCGUGGGCAAGGGCGCGGCGGACCUGCUGAUGCCGUCCUACUCGCACGUGGCGAUUACGAAGCUGCUCAAUGAGGGCGUGAUCAAGUUCAUCGUCUCCUCCAACCACGACAACCUCCACAUCCGCUCCGGCGCGUCGCCGGACAAGGUGUCGGAGAUCUUUGGCAACGGCUACAUCGAGACUUGCCUCAAGUGUGGCGACAAGUUCCUCCGACACACGCAAGUCCCUCAGCUGGGCCGUAUCUGCGAUCACGAAGAGUGUGGCGGACGGCUGAAGAAGGAGGGGGUGCGGUUCGGCGGAAUGGUGCCGGAGGGUCCGCUGCGAAUAGCCACCAACGAGGCGAAGAAGGCCGACGUUGCCCUCGUCCUGGGGUCUUCCAUGAGUGUCUCGCCGUUCUGCAAUCUGCCGUGGAAAGCGAAGAAGGUCAUCAUCGUCUGCUUGCAGGACACGACGGUGGACAGGCGCGCCACUAUCAAGAUCAACGCCACCUGCGAUGAGGUGAUGCACGGAAUACUCGAGGGACUGGGCCGGGACUCGACGCUUGAGUACGAGUACCGCCAGUCGUUCUUGGUUUCGCACCGCCGCGAGGCCGACGGCGGGUGGGCGCUGCGGCUGGGCGGCGGGCGCAAGAACGAGGUGUGCACCUGCGUGGAGGAGGUCAGGGUGACCCUGCCCGGCCAGCAGCAGGACGAGCCGCGCCUGAUGGACGAGGGCGACGGCGUGUGGGACCUGGCCUUCGAGCAGACCGACGCGAGCGCGGAAGAGGUGGCGGUGGAGAUGGAGAUCGUGUUUCGGCCGGCCUACGGCGUGCCCCCGCGACAGCUGCGCUACGUCAUCCGCCCCAGCGAGGGCGACACCGGCCAGCAGCUCCUCCGCUUCUCCUGCCAUGUCCACUACCCCGUGCCCGGCCAAAAGAGCACCUGA